AUGGCAGCCUCGUCUACCAUGAACCCAACACAGCCAAGUUGGCCCGGAAUAGCAACGGAACGACCGGUCAAUCAGUUUGACUCAAAUGUCCAACAAGCCACGCCAGCACCAUUGAGGACUCUGGACACUAACGCUACACUGGAACAACAGACCCUGGGAUUCCUCGGACCUCUCCGGGACCGCUACGCCAAUCGGAACUAUUCCAGCGAGGAGAGGUCCGCUCUUGCCCAAGAGUUUAAGCUCGUCGUCUUGGAAGCUAUGCAUUUGGCCCGCCACAUUUAUCCGCCAACGGGUUUGCACCAAUGCGAUGGCAUCCAGUUGCAAUCACUGCCCAAUGACGAUCAACUAGUUUCAGCUACGGGAGAAAUUCAACUGGAAGAGGUCUACCGUGGCAUGAUGAUAACAGCAGCACAUUUGCAUUUGAUGAUUCGUGACGCUUAUGAUUCCGCCCGAUUUUGCCCCUCUGAAAACCAUGCCCAGCAUCAAAACAUCCGACAAUUAACGGGUAAAGUGGAGACUUCGAUGUGCCUGAUUUUGCAUUCGGCUAUUGGCGCCGAGGACUACGAUAACCUAAACUUCUUCCGAGUGGCGGAAGAAGUUCUCAAGUCCAACGUUCACCGCUACUACGACUGCUCAGCCAGAGAGAUUCGAGGAUGCCUUGUAGUCCGCUUCGCAGAUCGAAUCUUUGGCGGAAUCCAGCGGGCGCUUUUCUACACGGAAGCACCACAGACGUCUACCGCUCCAUAUGUUGCGGAACAGAGUUCUUAAAAGAAGCAAACGACAACCAAAACAACCC